AUGGAUAUCCAUAUAGAACCGCAUUGGACUCCGCAAACGUUUCGAUGUUUAUUAUCAAAAGUGGUCGCAAAACACGUGAGUUUCAAAAAAUAUUUUUUUUUUAAAUCGCAUAAAACAAGAGAUUUUGCAGAGAAUCCCGGUGGAUUUUGAGAAGUUGUUGAAGAAUUUGAAAUGCGAAAAAAUUUCAAGAAAACAAGCUGUUAAUUUGCUGCAAAAAUUGGUGGAAAGCUCGAAGGAAAUGAAAAUUUUGUAUGGGGAUGCGGAUAUUUUGAUGAGGGAUAUGGAAGUGCUUCAAAGAUUCUCCGAGAAUUCGGAUUAUCUUGGUAUGCAAAAUCGAGAAGUCAAUUAUCUGGCUGAUCCAAUCGGAUUUUAUAAAAAUGAAAAGUCGACAAAAAGUUUUGUAUCGAAAAUCGACGCCUUCGUAUGCUUAUACAAUUCAUAUUUUUCGGAGACUCCCGAAAACAAGAAAGAAAUUGAUGGCUCAUUGGUUGCUCAAUCUAUUGGCAACAAAAUAUCGAGAAAAUUAAAUGGAUCCUUCGAAAUGUUGCCAUAUGAAUUAUUCGAAGAGAAAAUAUCGAAUGGAAUUAAGAAAUAUCACGGCAGGGCUGGUCGGAAUCGGCACGCCGAUUUGCCGAAAUGCCGAGUUUCGCUGAUUUUUCGGCAAUUUUUGAAGUCGGCAUUACCGACCGAAAUAUUUUUCCGGCACUUGAUAGAAGCCGAAUUUCGUGCCGAUUUUAAAAUGUGCCGAAAUCACUACCGAUUUUUUUCCAAAAAAAUGAAAAUGGUGUUUUUACCUCUAUUUUCUGCAGAAUGUCUUCUUUUUAUCUUAAUUUCCAUUGAAUUAUGACUAAAAGCUAACUAAAAUAUAAUUUUAUUCAUUUUUCUAUCAUUUUAAGUGUUUUAAAAAUGUAUGAAUAACUGCCGAAAUGCCGAAUUUGAACAGAAUCGGGGUGCCGAAUUGCCGAAUAUUUUUUCGGCACAAAAGUUCGGCACCCCGAAAUGCCGAAAAAAAUUUCGGCACAAGAAGUCGGCAUUGCGAAAUGCCGACAAGUAAAUUCCGACCAGCCCUGUAUCACGGUGAAUACGAUUUGGAUAUAGAAGAUGGCAUUGAAUUUCAAAGAAUUCAAGAUAUGUUCGAUGAAGUUCACGAUGAAAAAUUGAUUCAAAAAGCCAAGGAUAAAUAUGACAAAUCUCCGUCUCUCGAUCAUUUGCUUAUGCUUAUUUAUAGCUUAGAAGUUUGGGAAUAUACACUGGAUAGUAGUUUUGAUUUGAAGAAUGAUAAUGGCUGGUUUUUAAAGAAAUACCCAGUUGUUCGUGUUUUCUAUGAUCGCGAUUAUGAAUCAAAGUUUAUGAUGUGUGCUGAAUUGGAAAAGGCUUGUGAUAUUUUGAUGAUGGAGAAGCGUGGAACUCAUGUGCCAAAAGGUGAGAUUUUCACACUGAAAAAUGCCCGAACAGAAAUUAUGAAUUUCUAAUUUCAGGAUUCAUUCCAAUCGAAACCGCCGAAGAUCGAAAACUUGGAAUUGUUCGCACCAUCGAAUUUGAUAUUUUGAGAGAUGUUUGUCGAUUUCUGAUGUUAUCAAUCGAUGAUUUCGAAAUCGUGCCUCAAGAAUUCCAAACAACUUCGAGAAAUCAAGUGGCGCCAGUCAAUUCGCCAUAUGGGAAGAGUUGUUUAUUUGCCCGCCAUGCAUAUUCUACGAUUUUCAACGAAAUCAAUAUUGGAAUGCGGAUUUUCAGAAGAUUGAAAUUUGGAAAAUGCAAAGAAGUAUUCAAAUGGUUCGAAAAGAUUUAUAAUGUUUUCAAUGAUUCGAGAGAUUUCUUAUUUUUUGUUGAAAAUUGGAAAAUCGAUGAGAUUAUUGAGAAAGCCAAUAAAGAACUCGAACAAUUCGUCGAACCAAAUUGUUAUGAAUUGAAGAAGGAUUUUUAUUCAGCGGAAGAGGCUUUGAAAAUUCUUGAAAAAUGUUUCACGCCAAAUUAUGAUGAUAAAACUUUGAUUAUGAAAGGUUAUAUUCUGAUGUUGGCCAGUUUUGGAAAGAAGAUGCUGUCAGCGGAGGAAAUUCAUCAGAUUUAUGAGGGAACAAUUCGCAAUGUUUUUGUUGACAACAAUCCAAUGUUUCUAAGAUUUUUGGAGAAUCAAGGAGUCCGAAGACAGACAAGUGUGAAAUUGGGAGAUGACGUGAGAUUUUUUUUAUUGGGAAGUUAUAUGAUUCAAAUUUAAUUUCAAAUUUGAGUUUGAAGCGAAUCUCUUUUUCGAAAAUCGAAAAUUUUUCUGUCAAAAAAUCAUAAAUUUAAAGUUUCUGAGAUCAAAAAGCUUCAAAUUUCACGAUUUUCGAAUAUUAGCUCAAAAACAGUCCAAAAAUCAAAAUUUAUGCUCGAAAAAAGGUUCCAGACCUGAAAUUUAUCAAAAAAUCCAGAAUUCCAGCUUGAAAAUGGUCCCAGACUCAAAAUUCUUCAAAAAUCCUGAAUCUGAAGAUUCUGGGCUCAAAAAGCUUCAAACUUUACGAUUUUUCGAAUUUCAGGCCAAAAAAAGUCCAAAAAUCUGAAUUCCAGCCUGAAAAAAGGUUCCAGAUAUGAAAUUCAUCAAAAAUCCUGAAUUUCAGCUUGAAAAAAUGUUCCAGACCUAAAAUUUAUCACAAAAUCCAGAAUUCCAGCCAGAAAAUGGUCCCAGACCUGAAAUUCUUCAAAAAUCCUGAAUCUGAAGAUUCUGGGCUCAAAAACUUUCAUUUUUCCCAAAUUUUAUCUCAAAAAAGGCCCCAGAUAAACAAUAUCACAAGUUGAAUUUUCAAAAUUCAAAAAAAUCCCAAUUUUCCAGUUGAAUCCGUCAAAUAUCGCUUUUGAUAAAUAUGAAGAAGCUGUGACGAAAGUUUCCAACCGAAUUCCUCCAAAUCGUCCAAUUCCUCGUCGCAAAUUCAAUGAAUGGCUCAGAAAAGAGAUCGGAGAAGAUUUUAUUCAAAACGCCGACAUCGAAUUGAAAUAUUUUGAUGAGUUGCCGAAAAAUGGAGAGAAAUGGUUGAUGCGAAAAGAUGAGGAUUGUACGGAAUAUGAAAAUUUCGUCGCCAAAACUUUCAUGGAAUUUUUGUUUGAAAAUCCGGAAUGUCGAGAGGAAUUUGAUAGGGAGAAAAUCGAAAAAUAUUUCGAGAAGAAAAUUGAGGAGAGAGAUGCGGAGAAAAAGAAGGAGCAAAAUGAGAAGUGAGUGAAUUUUCUGGCACAAAAACUUGAGCUCACCGAGCAUUUUUUGUAAUUUUUUCAAAAAUAAAUAUUUCAGAGUCUUGCUCGCUGAAUUGAUGGCACAGUUUGCCAAGUUAUAA